AGCGUUAUACUAACACAAAAUUGUAGGGAUUACUGGAAUAACAUAGGAAAAAUAUUGAGGAUAACAUGUUGGAGAAUGAUAAAACAUACGCACAAAUAUAAUAUAUAAUAACAUUACUUGACCAAAAAAAACAUUAUUUCAAACUAAUUUUCUAUAAUUGGGAAAAUGAUUACCUUAUUGAUUUAGUUUUUUUUUUAUUUUCUAAUAAACGGUGAAUUUAAAAUUUUAAAGACUAUUUUAAAUUUUCAUUUUUAAAUAUAUGAUAAUUUUAAUUAUUAUUCUCACGCAUGAUACAUAAAACCAUAUAAUUAAAUAUUUUUUUUAUUUGCAAACUCAUAUAUAUAUAUAUAUACUUCCUAUUGUUAACCAAUACUAAAUUUACAAUAUUUUCUUAAAUUUAAAUCUCAUUGUAUGACUAAAAUGAAAUGUCAAGAUUUUUUAUAUUCUAAUGUCAUGAUCUUCUUUUGAUUUUAUAUCUCUGUCAUGUAGAUUUCUUUCUAUUUAGGUUAGAUGAUACACAUACAUUAAGAUUUUUUGGGUCCACAUUCCAGUUUACACUUGGUGAAAUAGUAUAAAUAACGUUCAAAACAGAAAAAAAUCUACAAUAGUUGUAAACAUGUCAUAAUGUGCUGAAAAAAUCAUAAUAUAUAAAAUGCCAUCGAAUGUAUGAAUGCAUUACGUACCCAACAUUUUACAUCUCUCAACCAAAAUGACCAGAGUAAUGCCGCUACCGCCACCGGAAACAGAAGGCAAGAGUUUGAAACCGCACAUAAUGGUGUUUCCAUAUCCCGCACAGGGCCACUUGCUUCCUCUUCUCGACUUAACCCAUCAACUCUGUCUGCAUGGCGACAUCACUGUCUCAAUCAUCGUAACACCUAAAAACCUUCCUUACCUCUCUCCUCUUCUCACCGCUCAUCCAUCCGCCGUCUCCGCCGUCACUUUCCCUUUCCCUCAGAGUCCUUCACUCCCUCCUGGCGUUGAAAACGUCAAAGACAUCGGUCCUUCGGGAAACCCUGUCAUAAUGGCUUCUAUGCGUCAGCUUCGAGAGCCUAUCGUCAACUGGUUAAGUUCUCAUCCCAAUCCUCCGGUAGCUAUCAUCUCUGACUUCUUUCUUGGAUGGACCAACGAUCUCGGUAUCCCUCGCUUCGCUUUCUUUAGCUCUGGAGCAUUCUUAGCUUCGAUUCUUCAUUUUUUCUCCGACAAGCUUCAUCUCUUUGAGUCAACUGAGCCGGUCUGUCUCUCGGAUCUUCCUCGUUCUCCUGUUUUCAAGAUAGAACAUCUCCCGUCUUUAGUCCCGCAGUCUCCCUCAUUACAAGAUCUCGAAAGUCAGAGAGACAGCAUGAUGAAUUUCUUGAGCUAUGGUUGUGUUUUCAAUUCUUGUCAGUGUCUGGAAGGGGAGUACAUGGAAUAUGUGAAGCUGAAAACGGGUCAUAACCGGGUUUUCGGGGUUGGACCGCUCUCUUCAGUCGGGUUAGGCAAGGGAAAUUCUGAUUCCAGUGUAGACGUGAAGGCCCUAAUGAGCUGGCUCGAUGGAUGUCUAGAUGGAUCUGUGCUAUACAUCUGCUUUGGAAGCCAAAAAGUGUUGACUAAAGACCAGUGUGAUGCCCUGGCUCUUGCUCUUGAAAAGAGCACGACCAGGUUUGUUUGGGUGGCCAAGACAGACCCGAUACCCGAUGGGUUCGAGGAUCGGGUCGUGGGUCGAGGAAUGGUAUUUAGAGGGUGGGCUCCUCAAGUGGCUGUGUUGAGUCACGUGGCGGUUGGCGGGUUUUUGAGCCAUUGUGGAUGGAACUCGGUGAUGGAAGCGGUGGCAAGUGGGACCAUGAUCUUAGCUUGGCCUAUGGGGGCAGAUCAGUUUGUGGAUGCAAGGUUGCUUGUGGAGGAUAAGGGUGUGGCUGUUAUAGUUUGUGAAGGGGGUGAUACUGUGCCGAACCCGAAUGAGUUAGGUAGGGUUGUAGCUGAAACAAUGGGUGAAUGCGGACGCAAUGUGCGUGGUCGGGCUAAGGAGAUGGGACAGACGGUACUAGCUGCGACCAAAGCAGGAGGAAGCUCUGAUACAGAUUUAGAAAGACUUGUAAUAGAAUUAAGCUGUCUUUAACGAUAAUAAUAUAUGAUGAAAAAGCCUUUCAAGAUGGUCUAUUCAAAUAAAAAUGUAUGUUUCAUCGUUCACAACAUAUUGACUAAACAUAUUGACUAUGACUGUGCAAAACAUGAAGAAUGAACUAAGCAGUGGUAGUUUGGUGGUAAGAAAAAAAGUUUGGGGCAAAGCGUAAACCUGCCAGUCCUAGAUUUGAGUUCUGACAGGAACUAAGUUGAUUUUUUUUUUGCCUGGCGAAGAUUGAACCAUGUCUUAGGCUUCAUUGGAAAAUCUGGGACAUCUUCGUCGCACUAAGAACAACAAAAGUUUAAACUUCUCAUAACUAAAAUCAUCAACCUUUUGAAUCCCAUGUCGUAUGAAAAGCAGAUACAUAGCAGAAAUUGGGUUUAGCAUGCUAAAACAAAAAAUGGAAUGCAGCAUUUGCUCACCAUCACAAAUAAGAACAAUCAAGUUAUAUAUAUAAGUAACAAUACCUUCCUGUAAUUCAUAAGAUUCAAUAACUUUGAUUGACAAACGCUCGGAGUUAAAAUGUGUAAAAAUCUUAAUUAUGUUCACAAACAGAAAAGAAAAAAACACUGAACGUAGCUUAGUUACUUUUUUGAAAAAACUGAACGUAACUUAGUUACAAUAAUUAAAAUAAAUUACUAAAAAUUUAUCUAAACUUCGUGUACAAUUGUAUUGAAAAUGACAGAUAUAAGUUGUUAAGAACUUGAGUUUUCUUUGGUGUUUUGAUUGAAAUUGUACAACGAGUCUAUUAAUAUCCUGCUAUGUAUAGUUUAAAAAAAAUAUUGUGUUAUAUAUAUUAAGCCAGUCAUGAAAAAGAAAGUUUAUAAAAUAUUUAAGAGCCGGUUCUUAGCUUUUUUAGUUAAAAGUUAAGAGACAGUUUCUUAUAUUCCGAUAAGAACAUCACCCUAAGAACUUCCAUUAAUCAUGCUCUUAUAUCUCUUAUUUAAAAUACGGUUCUUAAUUUUUUUUAAUUAAAAUCUAAGAAAAAAUAAGAACCGUCUAGCCGAAUCCAAGAAUCAUUGUCUAAAUCACCAAUAUUUUUGAGCCGUAUUAUUUUCCCGGGGAAAAGGUUCACCAAUAGGCAAUAGCUAUCAUCUCCCUCUCACUCUCUCCAUCGUCAUCACCAUCGGAAUCAGAUUAGACGUAGGUGGAUCCAGGAAACUGUGGAGUUCUUCUGGUCACGAAAGAGAGCUCGAGCAGCUUUGAUCGGUCAUCACGCCACAGUGGAAGGAAGGUUUCUGUAAGGUUUUUUAUUCUUCUUCAGCUAUCCAUUAUAUAUGACGGGUAAACAGAGAUUUGCUGAUCGGAUCAUUGCUUUUUUUUUUCUUUGAGCAACCGGAUCAUUGCUUUUAGAAUGAGAAGCAAGAUAUGAAACAUACAAACAUAUUUUCUCCUUGUAAUUUCAACAUUACUUUAAAGCUCAGUCACGUAACGGUUAUUUAAAACUAAAUCUUGAACAGUCUUAUUCCGAUGCACAAUACCAACUGCCUUUAUCGAUCAUAAUCUUCUUUUUUACUCCCUCUGUCCGAUCAUUAAUCAUAAAACUUGAUUGAGUUCUUCAUAGUGUAUGGAUGAAUCAAAAGGUUACUAAGCCCACAAGCAAAACAUCAUUCAAAUCUACGACUGCGCGAAAAAUCAGAAUCCAAAAAACCGAACUGAAUCCAAUCCAAAAAUGUAAUACCGAACCCGUUUCAAAACUGGUAAAAUAUCUGAAAGUAUCCAAAAUUUAUUAUAUAAAUAACUGGAAUCAAACCAGAUCCGAACCAAAUAUCCUGGGUGCAUAAAGAUAUCUGAAUCACAGUUGUAUUCUUAAGUAUAUUAAUUAUUUUAGAUUUAGUAUCUACAAAAUGUUUAAAAUAUCUGAAAAUGUUCAAAAAUUAUUUAAAAUAUCCUUUAGUAAAUAUCCAAAAUAUUAAAACACUGGAAAUGUUGAACUAUGUAUCUACCUUUCCUAUACCCAAUAUCCAAAUCAAAUCUAUUUUAUGUUAAUUUUUAGUAUUUAGUUAUACGUUAGUCAAAUUUAUAUGUUGUAUUUUCUUUUUGAAUAUUUUAAGAUAUAUUUAGAUUUUUUGAAAUUUAUAAAUAAUUUAAACAUGUGUCCAAACUCGAACUGAAUCUGAAACGAACAUGAAUCAAAAUUUGUAAAUAUUCGAGUGGGGCUUAAUCUCCAGCUUUGAAAACAAAAAGCCAUAUAGUUCAAACCGAUCGAUACC